AAAUAUUUGAGUACCACGCACCUGUGUCUCCGAGCUGGGUGUACAUGUACCUCAUUCACUAGUCCUGAUCUCAGACGACAAGCACCACCAUGAAGCUUCUCCUGCUCUUCGUUUUCGUCGGCAUUGCCGCGGCCAAGAUCUGCCAGGAUGAUUCCGAGUGUGAUCCCGAUGAGUGCUGCACCCGUGGAAACCUUCUCCUCAUCAGGGAGUGCUUCAAGUACGCCCAGCUUGAUGAGGACUGCCACACCGGAGACUACUCUCUAGUCGGCUACUGCCCCUGCGCGGCCGGGCUGUACUGUGAAGACGCCGGGAACAGCGGGUUCGUCGACUUCUUCGCCGGUGACGGGUGGUGCAGGCCCACGCCGGCCGACAUGGCCGACCAGAUGCCCAACUAAACGUCCACUCAGUCACGGGAGAGAUGUUGCCGGGAGGUGGCCUUUGCAAGCUAUGCAACAUUAAAGAGCAAUGAAUAGAA